CCGGGCCGAGCGCCGCGGGCCGGGAGGGACCUGGGGGGGCCGCCCCGACCCUGCCCUGCCCCGGCCCCGCCGCGCCCCCCGCCCCGCCCCGCCCCACCUGUGACCGCCCGGGCCCUCCCGAGCCCUCCCGCCAGGCCCUUUGUCCCGCCGCCGGCCCGCGCGCGCCCCGGCCCGGCCGCGCUCCUCACGCCAGGCCGGGGAUCCGCGGCCUACCCACGAACCACCCCCCCCAGCCUCCCUCCCCGCCCGCCCCUCCGCCCUCCCCAGCCCCGCUGCCCGCAGCGGAGCCGCCCCCGGCCUCCCCCCUCCCUCCAUCCCGCCCGUGCCGCCGCCGCCGCCGCCGCAGCAGGUUCCCUCCCUCCCGCCUUCCUCCUCCUCCUCCUCCUCCUCCCGCCGCCGCCGCCGCCGCUGCUGCUGCUGCUCGUGCCCCCGGCGGCGGCGGGAUCUCCGCGCGGUGCCCCGGCAGCGCUGGGCCGGGCGGCGGCGGCGGGAGCGGCAGCGCCAGCAGCAGAAAUGAUGGAAGAAUUGCACAGCCUGGACCCACGCAGGCAGGAGCUCCUGGAGGCCAGGUUCACCGGGGUCGGGGUUGCCAAGGUUGGUGCUUCAAAUUCCCUCCCCACCCCCCCAAGCCUCCGUCCGUCAUGCUCCGCCCUGGCUUUGGGUCCAUUAAAUAGUGAGUCUUCCAACCAGAGCUUGUGCAGCGUGGGCUCUCUGAGCGAUAAGGAAUUGGAGACUCCUGAGAAAAAACAGAAUGACCAGCGGAAUAGGAAGAGGAAAGCUGAACCCUACGAGACCAGUCAAGGAAAAGGCACUCCUAGAGGACAUAAAAUUAGUGAUUAUUUUGAGUUUGCUGGGGGCAGUGGCCCAGGCACCAGUCCCGGUCGGAGCGUGCCGCCCGUCGCCAGGUCCUCGCCGCAGCAUUCCCUGUCCAACCCCUUGCCGCGGCGGGUGGAGCAGCCGCUGUACGGGGCAGACGGCAGCGCAGCCAAGGAGCCGCAGGAGGAGCACUCAGCGCUGCCCACGCUGAUGUCGGUGAUGCUGGCGAAGCAGCGGCUUGAGAAUGAGCAGCUGGCACAGAGGGGAGGUGGCCUCUGCUUUACUUUUGUCUCGGCCCAGCAAGGCAGCCCAUCUUCCACCGGAUCAGGGAACACUGAGCAUUCCUGCACUUCCCAAAAACAGAUUUCCAUCCAGCACAAACAGUCACAGUCCGACCUCACAAUGGAAAAAAUAUCUGCACUAGAAAACAGUAAGAACUCUGACUUGGAGAAGAAGGAGGGGAGGAUAGAUGACUUAUUAAGAGCCAACUGUGAUUUGAGGAGGCAGAUUGAUGAGCAGCAGAAGAUGCUGGAGAAGUACAAGGAGCGGUUGAAUCGAUGUGUAACGAUGAGCAAGAAGCUUCUUAUAGAAAAGUCCAAGCAGGAGAAGAUGGCCUGCAGGGAUAAGAGCAUGCAGGACAGGCUGAGGCUGGGGCACUUCACCACGGUGCGGCACGGCGCGUCCUUCACCGAGCAGUGGACAGACGGCUACGCCUUCCAGAACCUCAUCAAGCAACAGGAAAGGAUAAAUUCCCAGCGGGAAGAAAUAGAAAGACAACGAAAAAUGUUGGCAAAGAGGAAGCCCCCGGCCAUGGGACAGACCCCCCCUGCCAGCAACGAGCAGAAGCAGCGCAAGAACAAGACCAACGGGGCAGAAAAUGAAACGUUAACAUUAGCAGAGUAUCAUGAACAGGAAGAAAUCUUCAAACUCAGACUAGGUCAUCUUAAAAAGGAAGAAGCAGAGAUCCAGGCGGAGCUGGAACGGCUAGAGAGGGUUAGGAAUCUACACAUCAGGGAAUUGAAAAGGAUACACAAUGAAGAUAAUUCACAAUUUAAAGAUCAUCCAACGCUAAAUGAUAGAUAUUUGUUGCUACAUCUUCUGGGUAGAGGUGGCUUCAGUGAAGUAUAUAAGGCAUUUGAUUUAACAGAACAGAGAUACGUAGCUGUGAAAAUACACCAGUUAAAUAAAAACUGGAGAGAUGAGAAGAAAGAAAACUAUCACAAACAUGCGUGUAGAGAGUACAGAAUUCACAAAGAACUGGAUCACCCUCGAAUAGUUAAACUCUACGACUACUUCUCGCUGGAUACUGACUCGUUUUGUACAGUGUUAGAAUACUGUGAGGGGAAUGAUCUGGACUUCUACCUGAAGCAGCACAAGCUCAUGUCAGAGAAAGAGGCACGAUCCAUUAUCAUGCAGAUUGUGAAUGCUUUAAAAUACUUAAAUGAAAUCAAACCUCCCAUCAUACACUAUGACCUUAAACCAGGUAACAUUCUUCUAGUCAAUGGUACUGCAUGUGGAGAGAUAAAAAUCACAGAUUUUGGACUUUCCAAAAUCAUGGAUGAUGACAGCUACAACUCUGUCGAUGGCAUGGAACUGACAUCGCAGGGGGCUGGUACUUACUGGUAUUUGCCACCAGAAUGUUUUGUGGUUGGGAAGGAACCUCCAAAGAUUUCAAAUAAAGUUGAUGUCUGGUCAGUGGGAGUCAUCUUCUAUCAGUGUCUCUAUGGCAGAAAGCCCUUUGGUCACAACCAGUCACAACAAGAUAUUCUGCAGGAGAACACAAUCCUGAAAGCCACCGAGGUGCAGUUCCCUCCAAAGCCAGUAGUCACACCAGAAGCAAAGGCGUUCAUCAGGCGGUGUCUGGCCUACCGGAAGGAGGAUCGGAUAGAUGUCCAGCAGCUGGCCUGUGAUCCCUACUUGCUGCCUCACAUCCGCAAAUCCGUCUCCACGAGCAGCCCAGCUGGAGCUGCCAUCGCGUCCACCUCCGGAUCAUCCAACAACAGCUCCUCAAACUGAGACAGAGCAAUAGGCCAAAAACUGCUCGAGAAACCGGCAAAAAAAAGAAUAAAAACCAAGACUUUCAGAAACAGCUUUGGAACAGAGGAAUCCGCAAGGGUCUCAAGAAACCUGUACCAGGUGCUUUUUUUCUCUUGCUUUUUUCCAUCCAUAGAGCAUGACGACAUCAACUCUCAUCAAGGAAACCUUUGGCAUCUUAGGCCAAGCCACGUGGAUAGGAGAUGGCUUGAGGUUUAUGCAGUCAGUGACCACAAAAGGGUGGCUGCUCUGAGCAAGGAGAGGAAACUCAAGAAAAAAAAAAAUUACAAAAAGACAUGGUUCCAUGUACUGUGAACUUCUGAACAUGCAGCCUUGGGGAAUCCAGGACGCCGUGUGUGCUUCAUAUGAAGAAUGUGGACUUUGGAAAAAAAAGACUGGGCUAGUCCAGUGUUGAUAUUUAAACAUUGUUCUUUUUCUUUUAAUAAAGUUUAGGUAACAUCUCCUGAAAAGCUCGAAGCACCAAGGUUCAGCUGGGGAUGGUAUAUGACUCUUUGCCCUUUGGAGGGGAAAAAAGUUGAUCCUGCCUGUUCAUGGCACUAGAGUUAGUGUUUUACCCCUAAUUAAUUUCAAUUUUUUAAAAAUAACAAUUUUUUGGAAGAAAACAGUUUUCUGGUCUCCAAGUGAAACCCGUAUUAGCAGGUUGGUGGCAGUGGCCAUUCUGCAGCUGGUGCAGCUCCCCUGCUCCCUUGGGGUGGCCUCUUAGGAAUAGUUCACCUCCUCAGGAGGGCGGUGAAGCCCUGGGAGAACAGGCCUGCGUGGAUCUGUGCUGGGAGUGGAUCACAGCUCAGGCUGCCACAAGGUUUCAGCUGCUGCCUCAUCGCUCUCCCAACGGUUGCUCCUCGUUAAUUUAUUUCUGGUUUUGGACACACCCCGGCUGCUCCCCGAGCCCUGAUCGGGACUGACGGGCAGGAAGGGAUGGGAGCGCUCAGGUGUCACAGGUGUGAUCUGUGCUCACACAGCUCUGUGCUGACCUGGUUCCUGUUAGAACAUUCCCAAGCUGAAGGCUUGUCUGCCCCUCUCUGUUGGUGACUUGGCAGCCAAGCUUCCUCCCUCCUUUAACACUUUCCUUUUCAAACUCGCCGCACUCGCCGCCGUUGCUGCAUCCGAUUCCAGAUGGGAAGGGAAGAGAAUAAUGCUCUUGAAGGGAGCAAACACCCUAAUUAUUAUUUUUCUCUCCCUCCUGUAAUCUGCCUGGAGGGGUCUGGCACCUUCAGCUGGAUCUGCCUGCUGUGACACAGGAGCCUCCCAUCCCCACUCUGCUCCCUUUUCCCCCCACGUUGAAGGAAAACCGAAAAGCAGCACUGCAACAUGUGGCAGCCAGGUUGGAGCGUUCCUGACAUGUGGCAGGAGCUCUUGGCCAGGGCUAUUUAAAGAUGCAGUGUUGGGGAGCAGGGUUUGCCUCGGGAGGGAGCUGAGCACUGCACUGCUGUGACUCAGGGUCUGGUUAAAAACCAAACCCCCCUGUGUGACUCCCCGACCCCCAGACCACCGUGGGGUGGGGGAGCCUCUGUGGGGCACCUCCGGGGUGGUACCCACAGCUCUGGCAGCACAUGGGCUGUUUGGGGGGGCUCUGUGCCCCAGUGGCAUCUCCUGGCAAGUGCUGUUCUCUGUCACAGACUUUGAGAGAGAACUGCCACUUGUCUGCCUUACCAUGGGCCAUCAGCUGCAGCUGCUGGGCUUAAACCUGAUCAGGAACUGGAACGUGGAGCAGUCUGUUGGAAUUAAACAACAGGCCAGGGAAGUGGAGAACUCUGCCACUUUGGUUUUUCUUACUGCUUUUGUAGUGACUCUGGGGCUUUUAAGUGGAUUUAUUCCCUCACAGCUGCAUUAAGGUGAUCUCUAAACUGUAGUGUUUUAAACAAAAGAACAGAAAUACUGCAUCUUUAAAUCUUCAGCCAUCCUUUCUUAGCCCUUUCCAUCCCUGCUGCUCUAAGCCAGGAGUUAACUGUUCAGCAAGCAGCUUUGACAUGUUUAUUCAGCCUCUGUCAGGAGAAAUCAGGGUUGGUGCUUCAUCCCAUUUGCCGAAACCGAUGGUUUGGUGUCUGCCCACAUCGGGGAGAAUUCUAGGAGGGUUUUUUUCUAUCCUGGUCCCGUUGUUUCUUGGCCAUACAGUGUGUGCAUCUCUGUGGGUGUGAUUAGUUUUGUGUCAGAAGCAUUUAUCCUGCUGUGUGACACCAUCCAGGGGCCUGGGGACAGCGCAGUGAAGAACCCUGGUAGAAUUCUGGCUGCGACACCUCCCUUGUUAAUAUGGGUUUCACUUCCAAUAACAGACCCUAUUGCCACACUGUUCAUUUACUUAAAGUGUAUGAAGAAUUUGUAACUUAAACCAGGCCAGACUGUUUUGGCUCUACCCAACAGAUGAGACAUGGAUAUUAAAAUAAGUUUUAAGAAACUCA